GUCGCCAGUCUCGCGUUUGGCUCCGGUCAGGUGUGUCGUCGUCGCACCCGAAUUGUGUCACAAAACGGCGGGGCGACCCCCCUCUCUGCUGCGAGAACUCCCGCCCCUCUUAUGUAGUCGCCUCUUUCGUCGUCGUCGUCGUCGUCAAGGGGGAUUUGUUUAUAUUUUUAAAAAGCAGUCGAUUAUUAUGACUCGCCUCCAAGUGGUCUCCUGUCUCCAUCGCGAGUGAGCCUCCGACUAGUUCCCGCGCGCGCGCAUGACGACCUCCAGCCUCCCCUCCUAACGGUCAGCUCUUGAACAGAAAGAUAAACAGAAGAAGAAGAAAACCUCCUUCUCCUGAUGGGAACGAGCGAGGACUGAGCAUAGGGAAGGAUUCUCGGAGACUCUGGAAGGGACCACGGGUUGAAAAUGGGCAAAUCCAGCGACAAGAAAUCGCAGAGGAGUGACAGUACUAAAGGUCCGACAAGAACAAAUAUCGUCGGAAAAUUCACUCAGAGCGUGAAACGGAUAGUCCAGGAAGUGAAGGAGGAAGGGGUUCCAGCUGACGGAGAAACAAGGGACGAAGCCAUCGCCACGAACCAGCGCCUCAGAGUUGUCAGAACUCGACUGGAAGAAUCUUACGAGACGGCAAAAACUGCUCUUCUGACUCUACACUCACAGUACAAUCACAGCAAGACCACCUGGAAUGUGUUUACCCGUUACUCACUCCUCAAGGCUAUGAUAAAGGAGGUGGUGAGGCUAGAAACUGAGUACUGGCAGCUCCUGGACAUUCCCCGCCAGGACAAACAGGAACCCGUCCUCACAUAUGUCCUGCGCGCCUGCGCGAUUGUCGAGAAGAGUCAGAGGUCGCUGGAGCAGCAGGAGAAGACCAAGAGGGCUGACGAAGAUGAGGAAAGGAAGAGAGAAAACGCUCAAAGACUCAAUGGGAUGACCACAUCUCAAAUUCUUGAAGAGAACAACAGCUUAACCAAUGAACUGUACAGGCAGUUACGGAAGUACUCCUCCCUAAGGACUCUCAUGCGAGAGCUCAAGGACGACUACAGUGAGAGCAAGAUGUAUCCUAUAAUUCCUCGCUACUUUAUGUUGAAGGACAUGAUCCACGAUGUCAUGCGUGAUCCUGCCUUUGUUGAGGUUUGCCAUGAAAUUAACCAGGGUCAGCAAACAAACACAGGUCCCAACUCAUAGGGCCCGGAGGGGAGUCCAGAAAGGAAUAAGCUAUUGUAGCUCAGAGGUUCUGGUCAUUUUGUUGUUCUUAGCCCUAUCAUCGCCCACUGCCAUGGUCUUCAGUUCGAAGGUCCUCGGAUGUAACUUUCGCGACGCAUGAACUCUUCGCAUCUGUAAUUUACCUUAAGAAGUAAAACAUUGCCCAAACUUCACACAAUGCUUGUAUGGCUAUAAAACCUCUAACAUUCCGCCCUCAUGGUGGAUAACUGGCAGCUGAUGUUUACUUGGUUAAGUGUCGUGGUGUAGAUGUUGGUCAUUUUAUAUCAGAAGUAGACUUGGUCAUUAGCAUCAUUGUUAUUGUGUCAUCAUUACGAGACAAAAAUUCCUACCCGUCAUGGACCUUGUAUAUAGGUUUAUAAUAAAUAAAAUGCAUGUAAAUAUAUAUGUAUAUAUAAAUAUAUAUUUAUACAUACUACUCCUAUACAUACGGCGUAUGUAAAUCGGUACUGCCCAGAUUUGUGUGCGAGCGUUCACGAAGGAGCAUGACGAUUAAGUAUGAUAAUGAUCUUGUUAGGCUUACUUCCUAUUUUAGAACUGUGAUUAGGACAAAUCAUACACUAACAUGAUGCACAAAUUCAGCUGUACUCUUUUCCUCUCAAGGCUUGCCCAGUGUAAGGGUGGAUGCUUUCCUUUUUUUAAGGCAGGUAUAAACAACAAAGGAACCUUCUUGGCAACCUGAAUUAUAAGAGCAGCAAGGUAGAAGACUUGCUAUUGACCUAAGUUAUAAAACACAAGAGACCUUCAUUAAGUAACAAAUAUGAUCAUUGCAAAGAACUUUGUUAUUAAAUUCCAUAAAACCUCAAGAGAAGCCUGUUAAUGACAAACACUCUAAGGGGGUCUUAAUUAGUGAAUCAUUAUAAACACCACAAGGGAACUUGUUUUAUAAUUGUACUAUAAAAAUUACAAAAGAACCCCGAUAGGAACUUACAAGGGAAUCUUGUUAAGGGCUUUCUUAUAAAGCAGCACAAGGGGACAUUGUUAGUGGCUUCAUAACCAAAAUUAUCAUGAAACAAUUCUGUAUGAACAUGAUACAUUAAUAUCGUCAUCACUUAACAUAUUACAAAUUUGGUAGUUUAUUUAGGGUAAACUGCAAAUAAGCCUGGUCAGUGAGUCCCAAAUAAUCCCGAGAAAGACUUGUUAAUGACUAAUAUUAAACUAACCACAAAAACCUUGUUAGUGAUACACAAGGGAUUAUUUAUAAAAAAAAAUUACCACUAGAUUUUUCAUUAUAGACAUUAGGAAGAAGUGUUCUUUAUCAGUGGUUCUAUUAUAAAUUUACAAAGCACAGAAACACUUGAUAGAUCACUGAAAACAUUGCAAGGAAAUUUUGUUGAGGAUUUCACUUUAAAGGUUACAAUUUACAGAGCAUUGUUUGUGUCUUCACAAGAUAUACAAGUAACCUUGUUAGUAGGAUAGGAAAAUUUGUCAGAGGCAUCAUUAUGCACAUCGCAGAUAAACUUAAGACGACUAAACAAUACAAGUAACCGUGCUAAUGAUUCAUUAAAAAAUUCUACAAAACAUGAUUAAUAACCUUAUAUAAACACUGCAAGAAACUUUUUCACAACUUCUGUAUGAACAAACAAGAAACCUAUUAUUUCGGCAGGGAAUCAGGGUAGUAGCAACUCUGGUGGAUAAUAGAAAAUUUUUUUUCACUGUACAGUUUCAACUACAGGGAAUCUUCAGGACAAUACGUAUUCGGAUGCUAAUAGGUUUACAUAUAGUACAGGAAUUUCAUGGACAUACUUCCAAACACAGUUCAAGGUGCCAUUGCACACAUCAAGGUGCCUAGUUGAAGAAUAGCCAGGUGCAGGUUAAAAAAGUAACUUUGAGGGCAGUUAAUUUGUAUCUUGACGUUAUCAUGUCUUUAUUUGUGUGAUGCUAUUGUGUCGUUUGUAUGAGAAGUACUUACUCACUGUCACUAUUAUCAUCAUCCUUGCUCUUAUCAUCAUUACUAUAGACUAUAAAAUCCUUUUAAAAUUACUUUUGGAUAAAAACCAUUUGCUGCUAUUAUUUUCAUUAAUACCAACAGCCUUCUGAUUAGCAGUGUUACGGAGAACUGGAUCUGUCGGUGCCAGACUGAACCAUCACCACAAUGCAUGAUACCAUCAACUUGACUAUAUUUCAACCUGGACCCUGUGGUCUUGGCAUGAGUAAGGUUAAGUGUGUGGUUUUAGUGAUCUCAUCCUCUCCAAAGAAUAUGCUGGGUGAUAAGAGCUUAACACCUUAUUGAGUCAAUCCUUUUAAAGUGAGAGGUGGUUGGCUGAGAAAAUGGCAUACAUACAUAGGUCAGCGAGAUCCAUCGUCAUAACAUCACACACCUACAUCAUUUCGUUUCAUCCGUCACUUCUGCCAUCCUCCUCUUUUUCCAUUUCAACCACCUACUAUAAUUGCUUCAGCCUUCAUUUUAUCCAUUCUUCUCUCAGAUAACAUUCUAAACCUAUACCAUACAGUUUUCAGGUGUUACAUUGCUUACAUUUUCAAGUCAAAACUGCUGUUAGUUGUGACCUCUGACCUUGUUUAUUAUCGAAGACUUGUUACUGAUGUAUUUUGCAUUCUUCAUUUGGGGAACGCUCAUCAUUCUUUCAGCAUGAACAAUGAAGGAAACUUGAGCCUCCAUAUCUCACAGAUGUUUCCUCACACUUUGCCUUGUAAUUCAGUAGUGACUCAACCAUUCUUCUGUACCUAAGAUCUUCAACUAUGUCUUCAAGGGUCCAAAUCAUCUCCAUCCAGUUUAUUUCUAACCUUUUAGCUAAUCAAACCAGUAGGAUAUUAGAAGUGUCUCCAGAAGCUUCAAUUUCUUCAAUUUGGUUUCUAGUUUGUAAAAUUUUUAUUCUCCAUUCACGUAUUAAUGUUGAGGCAUACUUAAAUGGUCAGUCUCCCUUUUACAAUUUUUUUUAAUGCUCUUAAAUUUCUGCCACUGCAGCCAUUUAGGAUCUUGAUUCUGUUCUGCUCUCUAAUAACUGUAGUCCUCCAAUAUUCUUGUUUUCCUAAACUGUUAUUCUCAUUCCUUAUUGUUCGUAUGCAAAGUAUCUCCUAAUAUUUUCAAAAUGUUCCUAAUAUGUAGAGUAUGUAAGUUGAUCUUUAGUUCUGUUCCUAUUAUAUAUUUGAUCUUAGCAGUCACUUUUUCCUUCAUAUACAUCAAUUCCUGUAUCUAAGUCUUCCAUUACAGUACGAGUGUAGGCCUACCUCUACACCUGUCUCUCUCCUCAGUAUGUAUUAUUCUGCUGUCUGUACCUUAAGGAACAUAUUAUAUAUUAGGAAAAAAAAAUGUAUUUAAACUGUGGAAUAUAUGUCUUUUCUGUUAAUCUCUUUUCCUUCUGGCCUAGCCUAGAUAAGGGUAUUAUGCUGCUGUUCCUAUCAGUCUUUUCCUAAGGAAAUCAAAACUGUAUACCUAUACCACUCAUCAAAAACAUUCAUGCUUUAAUGGAAACACUGCAUCGACCUCAACUGCCAGAAAUUCUGGCCAUUUUGUGCUUUUGCCAACAGGGUCAUGAAGCUUGUAAAGUUUGGUUUUGAGAAAGCCGCACUGAAUCUUGUUCAGAUCACACCAGGACCUGCAUCCCAUGAACUAAGAAAAAUUAAUUCCAUACUGAAGUAGAAUCCACCACCACUUUUACCAACCUCCUGAAUAGAUGGUCCACGCUAAGAAGCAAAUAGAACCUAAGAACUAUAAGUGGUAUGAAUGAUUAAGGAAAAUUUGGUAGAUGUAAGUUACAUCUAUGAUAAUACAAGACUACAAAUGAUAAAUUAUUGCUCAACUCUGAAUGCAGUUAUCUGGAACAUUUUACACAUACUGAGUAAACAGAAUAAUUCCAAAGUGUCGUCAGUCCUCCUUGGAGAUGCUACAUUACCAAAAUGAAAGAAAACACAUUACAUUUUGUUUUUGUUUGUUUGUUUAUAUGGUGUUUUUACAUUGCAUGGAACCAGUGGUUAUUCAGCAACAGGACCAACGGCUUUACGUGAUUUCCGAACCACAUCGAGAGUGAACUUCUAUCACCAAAUUACACAUCUCUCACUCCUCAAUGGAAUGACCGAGAAUCGAACGCAAAACACCAUACCAACCACGCCACUAAGGCGCUUGCAUUACAUUUUAAACAUUUUUUUUCUUACAAGUUGCAGCUUUGCUAUUCCUAUUUAAUUUAGCUUGAAGGUAAUGACAGGGUGAAAAAGGGUCAAUGGAUAUUAAACUGUAAACACUGACAGUCUUUAAGAAUGCAACUGCUAAAAUUAUGUCACACAUCUAAACCUUUACAUAAAUUGUGAUUAAUGUAUGAUAAUUUCUUGCAAUGAAAGAACAAAAGAGCACCAAAGGAUGAACAUUAAUAACUGCUACCUCAUGAAAUAAGGACAAGUUCUUGAUAAGCAUGGGAUUUUACUACCUAAUGUCAGGUCAGGAAUAUUUCUAGUCCUAACUACAUCUUCACACUGUAAAACCACUCGACAUGACAAGAAUUCCUGUAUAACUUUGUUUACUGACAUCAUCACAUUGUAUUUUUCUCUGGCAAUUUUCUGUGUGGACAUACAUGAAGCAAACAUUUUCUUACUUCUCUCAUGCUUUAAGUGUACUUCACUUCUGCUGCUGUUGGUGUUGCUCAAUCGUGUUUUCCCCAUCAAAUAAAAACCUGUUUCUUCUUGGUCUACCAAAAUUGCUGAAUGUAUGGGUAAGGGAAAUAAAAACCAGUGGUUUGGCAUAAGGCUUUUUGUCAAGAACACAUAAAAAUUCAAGAUAGGCAACCUAAAUAAUAAAGGCCUCAUGUUUCGAAUCAUGAAUCUGUCUUAAUUUACCUAACCCAUUUUUAAAGUAUUUUAAAGAUUUGCAAUCUGAAAAUCAAUUAAUCUCUAGCUACUGUCAAACUUUCACCUGUCAAAUACUGAAUACUGUACUAUAAGUUAUCAUCUAACUGUGCAAACU